AUGGCGAACGAAGUUCACAAAGACUUCAAGGGCGAGGCCUAUCAACCUCAAGAAGAGAUUUAUUUCAAUGAUGGUCGCGAGAUAGCUCUGUUGCACUUCGUCUACAAACAUCCAAACCUUGAACAGAUGCGUGGCAACCCGCAAAAAGUCCUCGAAGCCAUUGACGAAUAUGGCAGAACAAAGAAAUACCUCAUGAACAUUGGCGAGUAUAAAUCCAAGACAGUAGUCGACUUGAUUUCCGAAGUGAAGCCUCAGACGAUGGUCGAAGUCGGUGCCUACGUUGGUUAUUCUGCCAUCGCAUUUGCAGCGGCAGUGAAGAAGGCCGGCGGCAGGAAGUACUACAGUCUGGAGCACAACCCCGAGUUUGGAGCCGUAACAUCUUCACUCGUAGAUCUGGCCGGACUUGGAGACAUUGUUACAGUCGUCAUCGGCUCAAGCUCCGAUUCAAUCAGACGGCUACACAAGGAAGGCGCGGUCAAGAAGAUCGACCUGCUCUUCCUUGACCACCUGAAGCCUAUGUACACACCGGAUCUGAAACUUUGCGAAGAACUUGGACUUGUCGGACCUGGAUCGGUAUACGCAGCAGAUAAUGUCGUGAAACCAGGAAACCCUCCUUAUCUCGAAUAUGUCAGAAGCACCCCGGAGCAGAAACGAAAGCGAUUCGAGUCUGCUAGCAAGGAUGAACCAAGAGGAAACCCAGACCUCGUUUACAAGAGCGAGUUUGUGGAAGGAUGGGAGCCCAGUGGCGUGCCGGAUGCUUUGGAAGUUACGAAAUGUUUGGAGGCAUAG